UCAGUUACCGUGCAGACGAGAACCAGGUCAGACGUACUUUGUUCCUGUUCCGGGUAAUCGUGUUCUUCGCCUUCAUUCGCCGGGGUAGUUUGUACCGGAAGUUUUCCACCGUGCGUUUGUGUAUGCGUGUGUUUGUGCUGGAAUUUUCGAAAUUCACACAGGUACAGCUGCAGAGCGUGUACCUAGCUGCAUGAAAGUGAGUGAGUGAAGUGAAUCCAUCAACGCGAAAACAUCAGAAGGGUUUUGUGGCUGAAGUGCAGCUGUAACGCGACGAAAUUAGUGCCCGUUGGUGCGAGCUUGCAGUGAAUUGUGUGUGUGUAUGUGUUUGUGCGGGUGUCUGUGCGGAAAUUAAUAGAAAAUUGCAAAGCUUAGAAAUUGCAAGUCGAGUGUGCUGCAAGUCUGUGUUUGAGUGCUGGUGUUAGUGCGUUGUGUAGUGGAGUAAAAUAGGAAAUAGUGAAAAUAAUCAAAGAAUGCUCCCGUUGGAAAGAUGAGAAAAAAUUGUCCAACGCGGUGCAAGAAAUCGUUCGAGUGAGCUCAAAACCCUUCCGGCCAGAAAGGGGGUUUGUGUCUGUGUGUGUGUGUGUCUGUGAGUGUGCGUUUGCAAGGCAAACCUGUGUAGAAACGGCAUGAAGCGUCGCGUGACGAUCGUGUACAAUCCGGUGCAGCCGGGCACUCGUCACCAGCAUCAUACACUUCUCCAACCACCUUCCACUUCCCCUCCCGCUCCUCAUCAGUCCUCCUUCCAGCCGACAACAUUAGCAUCCUCAUCAGCGGCACCCGACCAUCGCUCCCUGUGUCUGUCCUGCAUAGCAACCUCAUCGUCCUCCCCGUCGGCAUUCCGCUUCAUGAACGGUUCCUCAUCACCAUCGCCAUCACCAUCAUCAUCAUCAUCAGCGUCCUUUCCGUGCCAGCGGUGCUGCUCGAUAUCAUCCAUUUUGAAAUCGUCGCCGGCGUCAUCACCGUCGCCGUUGAGUGCCUCAGAAAAAGCAGCACAACUAGAAGAUGCUCUUAAUAACAACCACCAUCACCAGCACCACAAACCAUCGACGGACGGGUGCUGUGCGAGCGUGGCCGAAUGCAGCACCGGCCGACGGCGGGCAUCGCACCCGGCGGGCGACCGGGGCGACGAGCAGCGCUGGUGCAUGUACCUGCUCGUCGGGCUAAUUGCGACCCUCUGCUAUCUGAACGGCAUCCAGGGCGACUUUGUGCACGACGACAUCCCGGCCAUCACGCUCAACAAGGACGUGCUCGGGACGGGCCCGGUGGCGCAGGUGUUCCGCAACGACUUCUGGGGCACGCCGAUGGCCGACCUAAGCAGCCAUAAAUCAUACCGUCCGCUGACCACGCUGACGUUUCGCCUCAACUAUCUGACCUUCGGUCUGCGCUCCGUCUGGUUUCAUGCGACAAACGUGGCGCUACAUGCCGCCGCCACCGUGCUGUUCACGCGCGUCUGCCUCACGAUCGCGGGCCUGCGGCAAAACUUUGCCAUCCUGGCCGGCGUCCUGUUUGCUGUCCAUCCGAUCCACACCGAAGCGGUGACGGGCAUCGUGGGACGUGCCGAUGUGUUGGCGUGUAUAUUCUUCCUAAUUUCGCUGCUAGUCUACCACGGUCGUUCCCAUCAGCCCGACAUGAACUCGAUCUGGCUCAGCAUCGUACUCGGGGGGCUGAGCAUGCUGGCGAAAGAGACGGGCAUCACCGUGUUUCUCCUAAACGUUGCGUACGACACCUACCGCAACUGGCCCGCCCUAAAGCGCACCGUGCAGGACAUGCGCUGGAGCGAGGAGACGCAUCAGUUUGGCCGCCGAGUGUCCCGGGUACUGCUUUCAAUGGGUGUCCUGCUUGCGGUCCGGUUGGCCCUGCUGCAGGGUUCCUCCUAUUAG